CGUCGCGCGCAGGAGGGAGGCGGCGGCGCCGCCAUCAUGAGCUACUCAGGUUACGGAGACUGGAACUCCGGGACGAACCGAGGCUAUGAGGGCUACAAUUACGGCUACGGCUACGGCCAGGAGCACUCGGGCGGCUACGGCUACGGCGCCGCAUCCGCCUCCAAUUCCUGGGAAAUGGCCGGCUCGGAUGUGGAGCUYAAUCCCGACGCCUCCGGCGCCGACCUGGGCAAAAUGAACCAGCGCCUGGACAUGGGAUCACACCUGGAUACGGAUACGAUGCAGGGGGGGCACUACGGCUCCGGCGGCGACAGAUACGACUCGUACGAAGGCUACGAGCCGCGCUCGGAGCGCGAGCUCUACCGCUCCGGCUACGACUAYGGCGACGCCGACCGCGGCGGCGACGCCGACGGCUACGACGGCGCCUACGACGGCUACUACGGCGGCCGCCCCCGCGAGCACCACCCGCCCCGGGCGCGCGACGGCUACGGCCCCCGGGGCCACGGCUGGGCCCGGGACGGCCGCAACAACCGCCCCGUCGCGUCGCCCUACGCGGCCCGCAGCGCCUGGAGCGAGCCCCACGCCGCCAUGGGCGCCCGCGGCUUCGGCGCCUCCCGCCUCCCGUCCCUCUUCUCCCACAACAUCAUCCCGGAGCUCAACGCCUUCCCGGGAAUGCGGGGCUUCGCGGGCGGCGGGCGCUUCGGAGCGGGAGCCGUGAGGCCGCGCGUGAGGAGGACCUGGAGGAYGUGGGACGCGGACUUCAAAUUGCAGAAGAAGAAGCUCAAGAAGGAGCCCAUGGCCAAGAAGCGCAAGCCAACCAACAGCUCGGACGAGCCUGACAGCAAGGCGGCCAAAACGGACGGCUCCGACAACUCCGAUUCGGAAAACGAGGAGGGAACCGAAGGCGAAUCGGGCGAAAAAGAGGAGAAAGAAGGUUCCAGAGGCGAAGGGGAAGAGGAUGAUGGAAAAGACGGGGAGAAAGGUGCUUUAACAAUUCAAGAAGAGAUCAGUGAAAUCAAACGCAAAUUGCAGGCGGGCAAGAAAACGCAAGAGCGGCAAAAGAAGAGGCACCGCGACCGCAUGGUGGAAAGGAUCCAGUUUGUCUGCUCGCUGUGCAAGUACCGGACCUUCUACGACGACGAGAUGAGCAGUCACCUGGAGAGCAAGUUCCACAAGGAGCACUUCAAGUUCGUGGGGACCAAGCUGCCCCAGCAGACGGCCGAAUUCCUCCAGGAAUACGUCGCCAACAAGACCAGGAARACGGAAGAGCGCCGUAGAGCCGUGGAGGACAUCAACGGCGUCAUUCAGCAGAUCUACAGGGACCAAGAUCUGACGCAGGAUGUCGGCAUGGAGCAUUUCAUGAAGAAGGUGGAGGCCGCCCACUGCGCCGCGUGCGACCUCUUCCUCCCCAUGCAGUACGGCGUCAUCCAGAAGCACCUCAAGUCCCUCGACCAUAACCACAACCGCAGGGCCAUGAUGGAGCAGUCCAAGAAGUCGUCGCUCGUCGUCGCCAGGAGCAUCCUCAACAACAAACUCAUCAGCAAGAAGCUGGAGCGGUACCUGAAGGGUGAAAAUCCCUUCACGGACGACCCCGAGGAGAAAGAGGAGCACGAGGAAGGCGAAGGCGGGACCGUCGGGAACGCGGAGGAGGAAGGAGCGGCGGGAGAAGGCGCCGACGUCCCCAAGGAGGCCGCCGAGAUCCGCGCGGAGGAGGACGGCAACGAGGAGAACCUGGAAGCUGAAGGAGCUGAAGACCAAGGGGGACAAGAGGGGACAGGGACAGAACUGGAGGCGCCAGCGGCUCCGGAGCCGGAUCCGGAUCCCGCGGAUAACACGGAUAACGCGGAGCAAGAACCUCCGCCAGCCGAGGAACCGCUCCCGGAGGAAGAGGAGCAGCAAGGUGAGGCCGAAGAGGAUGAAGAGGAAGAAGAGCCCCCCGAGUAGCUCCCGGGAGCUCACAAAACCUCCGUUUUUGGUUGUUUUUUCCCCUGUUAUUGGUGGUUUUUUU